ACACAAACCUUUUAUGGCAUUUCAAUUUAUUGCAUUGACUUUUAUUUUGCAAAGUGUAUGUUAUUUUGAAUAAUUCCACAGUUCUUUAUACACCGUGAAUCAAGGCGAUCCCGUGAAUUCCACUUGACAGUUGACACAUCGAUAGCUCAAUGUUGCCGUGUGCUUUCUAUUUUUGAUUAUUUUUAUAAUUCAAUUUGUUGUCUUGUAUGGGCUGCCUGCUGGCAAGAACAAGAAGCCCUAAAUCCUAAUUGUUCAUUCAACUUGAAGCCAACAUGUCUUCAAGGGGCGGAUCGGAUCCACGAGCGGAGUUGGCGGAACUGGUGAAGAAAAGAGCCGACAUAUCGGAGACGCUGGCGAACUUGGAGCGUCAGAUUUACCUGUUCGAGGGCAGCUACCUGGAGGACACCCAGCAGUACGGCAACAUCAUCCGCGGCUGGGACCGCUACCUCUCCGUCAACAAGAACAGCACCAGCAAACAGGACAAGCGCAGCAGGAAGUUCAAGGACGCAGAGCGACUCUUCUCCAAGUCGUCAAUCACAUCGAUAGCGGCGGUGAACGGCAGCAUGGAGCACAAUCACCACUCCUACCGCGGCACCGACACCGACUCCCAGGGCGCCCACAGCGGCUCUGAGGAGGUGAACGGCUCCGUAGACGGCGUCAGCGACCUCAGCGAGCGGGACCUCUUCCGCGCCAAGAAGAACCGGCUCAAGAAGGUGUCGAAGAAGGUACCGCGACACCGCUGAGCUCGGCAUAUUCUGUGGAUGGGUGCUGUGGGGGCUCUGUGGUGGGUGAAGUGUAACCCGCGCAGAGGAGGGUGGGCGGUGGGUAACCACCAGUGCUGCUAACGCUGAGAGCGAGGAUGGAUACUGGCUUCAGUCAGCCGAGGAGGGUUGUGGGUGGACUGUGGGCACCACCAGUGCUGCCAUUGCUGAGAGCUGGGAUGGAGACUGGCUAGGAGGGAAGGUUGGAGGUGGGCGGUGGGUGUCCACCAGUGCUGCCAUUGCUGAAAGCGGCGAUACACGGAGACUGGCUGUAGUCGGCCAUGGGCGGUCGCAGGUGGGCAGUGGGCGCCCUCUAGCGCUACGCUAUGACUCGGAGCGGUAAUGGGCCAAGACUGGUUAAGACGCCACGGGCGACUUCCCACUCGUUAUGACCAACUGGACGAUACCCGGCAGCGUGUGGAGCACUAUCAUGAGACUGAUGUACCUGGUGCUGGUGAUUGACCAGCGCCGAGCGGACGUGCUUAUUCUCAAACAUUCAUCGCUGGCGUGGGUGUGUACUGCGUAUAGCCAGCGUAAAUCAUCAAUGUCGAGAACAGUCGUAUAUAGGGAAGUACGACGGCGCAGAGCCACUUGUACUGUUUCCUGGGUUCACGGAUAUGACCGAAUCGAUGGUGACCUGCUCAGCAUUUGUGCGUAGUGUUUCAACUGUGUAACCCCGUGUACCUGUGUACCAUAUAUGAAAUGCACCGAACGUCAUCCAUG